GGACUAUUGAAAGUUCAGUCCGUUUCCAGGAGCGUCACGUUUCGGAUUAGCAGAGGGAACAAACAUUUGCUUGGGAACAACAAAAUCGCUACAGAAGUAUGGCAGCGUUUAUGGGUUUCUCCCGAAUAUUAGUUGGUGCGGCAAGUAAUUGUUUCAAGAGAAUUUCUCCACCACUUUUGAUCAAUGUCAAGGCGCAAGGUGUUAGAUUAUGGGAAAUUCCUACCGCUGGAUUACGUUCACAAACAUUAUCCAAUCAAAAUAAAUUCGCUCCUUCGCAUCAAGAAGAAGUUCAGAACUCCACAGAAGAGGAUGAAAAAAUAACACGCGAUGUUAUAGAGAGAGUGAACGCACAGAUAGCGACUGCAUCUACAGGACGCUUGUUUGCGAUAGUUCAAGUUUGCGGCAAACAAUUUAAAGUCACUGAAAAUGACAUAAUUAUCAUCCAAGGUUAUUGGCCACCUCAGAUCGGAGACAGACUGACUCUAGAAAAAGUCCUUCUGGUUGGAAGCUCUGAUUUUACACUGAUAGGAAGACCGAUUCUCAACAGGCAACAGAUAAAUAUUGAUGCCACUGUUGUUGAAAAGUCUAUGUCACAUGUAAAAACUCACUUCAAAAAAAAGAGGAGGAAACAGUACAUGAGAAUCAAUUUCCGCAGAGAUGAGCACACAAUGUUGAGAAUAAAUUCUAUCAACAUAAAUGGCAAAUUGAACGAUUGUAAGGAAUUUGAAGGAUUGGACAGAAUAUUUUAAUUUGAUGUGAUACAAAAUACAAAUGUACAUUUUUAGUUUGAUUUAAUAACAAAGUAUACAUAUAGUGGCUCCAGAAAA